GAUAUAUAGGAGAUGAGCACGCGCAUCACACUAAGUAAUUUUGACUCGUGAAGACUUGUGUUACGAAUAAGUAAUAUUGAAAAAAGAUGCUGCGCUUAGGAAUAUUUUUAGCCGCAACUGUGGCGCUAUCAGCAGCUGCACCCAACCCCAUCUCCAAUGUUUUGGAAUUGGAUAUCUCACCAGAAGAUGCCCAGAAGUACCUCAACAGUCCACCAUUCACAGAACCCAAGCUAUCUAGUCGCACAGCUGUCUUGCCAUUGGUAAAAUAUAACGACCCGAGGUUUCGCACAGUCGAAGCUGGACCCACUCUCGGUCACUACUGGAAAAACGGCCACGAAAUCGAGAACACAGAAGACUACGUUGAGGAGGUUUACAACGCAAGACAAUACCACGGUCAAGAUGGCCUAGGUGCAUAUGUAUAUGGUUAUGAAACUCCUGAAUCAUCGAAGGUUGAGAACAGAGUUCGCGCUGGUGACGUCACCGGUUCCUACACUUACAAAGCUGGAAACAAUGAACUUAUCAAGGUUCGUUAUUGGGCUGACAGCCAAGGCUUCCAUCAGGAGGACAACAUUCCCAAGGUUGUGUUGAAGCCUGUUGAGGAAGAUGAAGACGUAAGACAGGCGCGUCUCGCUCACGAGAAGGCCUGGCAAGAGGCAGCUGCUGCCGCUCGUCAGCAACCUGACCCACAAGGAGAGUAUUACGGACAAUACGAAAUCCAAUCCUCUGCGUCUGAAGUACAUCCUGCCUAUGAUGUUGCUCCCGUACUGAGACAAAGCCGUGAUGUGAGAGACUCUUACAAUUACCGACCUGCCAGUGGUCCCUCUACUGAAGAGCCAGAACCAACGGGACCCCCACGUGGUUUCUUCUAUCAAUUCGACUACCCCGUCUCCAUUAUCGUACCUAAAAGCAGCCUCCAGGGUGAGUCAGUAAACCCCCCGAAGCCCUACUGAUUCCUUUAAUCUAUACACUUAGAUAUCUUAAGAUCUAAUGUUUUAGAACAGAUUGUGAUUAUGUUUAACAUAUUAAAUUUAAAACGGAUUUGUAAAUGUUUUACCUGUUUUAUUUGUAACAUCGAUUAGAUUUCUAUAAUAUGAUAUACAUUUUUGAUUUGAAUCAAUUCAUUAUUAUUCCAUGAAGGUCACUACUAUUGUGAUUAAUAACGCUUGCAUAUUUGGAAUGUUUAUUGAUUUCUAAAAGAUGUUAUAGAGUAAUUUGUGUUGCCAUUUUAGUUAAGUAAGUUAAAGUAGCUGUUUGUAAUCAUUCCAUUAGCACUUUUACUUAUAAUAUUUUGACGAAAGUAAUAGAACUUUCUAGAAUUAAGAUUCCGUCUAUUUUGUUUAAUUCUUUUGGAAUUUAUUUUCACGAUAUUUCAUGAUUCGAUUGGACUGGUGUUUAAAAGAAUAACUUUGCUUCGCGAUGGAUUAGGUUUCCAAAUAUUUCAUGGUUUAGUUAAAUAUGUGUUUUUUUUUUAUUCUCAGUUAAUCUCUUGAACCCAGUCUUGAUUUAACAUUAGCAUUAAAUGUAAGAUUUUAAUUGCAAAUAAUCAUAAAAUAUUUUGUAAUAACAUUCGUGUCAAUAAAUAAAGAUGAUUUCAAUAUA